AAAUAAGAAAAGUAAUUUGGACGGAGGGAGUACUUCCCUUCCCACUGUUGACAAUAAAUUAACAGAGAGUUGAUAAUCCCAAGUACAACUACAAGCACAUUAUUAUUGACUUCUCUCCUCUUUUCCCACGUCUUCUUCUUCUUCUUCAUUCACUCUCUUCACUUGCUUAAAAAUAAAAAGAAAAAACUGUUCAUUUUAAUGAUAUUUCUACAUUAUUUUGAAUAGAUGGGCAAAGCAUCGAGAUGGUUCAGAGGUCUUCUUGGCCUAAAAAAGCAAGAAUACCAAUCACCAUCACCUAACCAAAAUUCAAAACCUACAAAGAAAAAAUGGAGUUUCGUUAAAUCAUACAGAGAAAAAGAGUCUAAAAAUGGUGUUAGCGUUGUUGCUGGUGGUGGUGAUAGUGUUGUUAUUGUUGAUUCGACAAAGCGUGCUAUUGCUGUGGCGGAAGCAACUGCUGCUGUAGCUGAUGCUGCUAUUGCUGCUGCUCAAGCUGCUGCUGCCGUGGUGAAACUCACACACAGUGGUAGAGCUACUACUACUACUACAACUAGUUGUAACAGUACUAGUAGUGGUGGUGGUUGCGUGGCAUCAUGGAAUGGUGUUCCUCUUGGCUCAUCAUCUAAGUUGGUUGGUAAAAGAAGUGAAGAUUGGGCUGCUGUUAUUAUUCAAUCACAUUUCCGAGCUUAUUUGUCGCGGAGAGCUUUACGUGCACUGAAGGGACUGGUGAAGCUUCAAGCACUAGUGAGAGGUCACAUUGUGAGGCAACAGACUGCUGAUUAUCUAAGGCAAAUGCAAGCAAUUGCUAGAGCUCAGUCGAGGGUUCGUGCUGGACGGUCUCAGGUUUCAGGAUCCCCUCAUUCGAGCACCAAGUCUGUUCAAUUUGUUCAUGCUGAUCCUGCAACGCCAGAGAAAUUCGAGCAUGUUAUCCUGAAGCACGAUGAAAUGCUUAUGCUCAAGAGGAAUGCCUCGAAUUCAAGUUGGGAGGUGAUUGAUUCGGAAAAGGCACGAAUCAGACCCCAAGGAUCGUCUGCAAGAUCCAGUUCAAUUGAUGAUGAAAAGAGUGCCAAGAUCCUCGAUAUAGACACCAGGAAGCCAUAUGUCACGUCUAAACAAAGGAAGCUGUUCUACUCUUCACAUCUUAGCUUGAAUUCUGACCAAUAUAGCUACAGCUUAACAACAUCAAAGGAAUCAACAGCUCAUCAAACGGUUCCCAGUCCAUCGUCCUGUGGAAAUCAGCCCCUUAGCCCCGUGAAGUUCAAUGAAGAUCUCGAUGAUGCUUGCUUUUGCACUGCUGACAAUAGCCCUCAGUUUUACUCGGCUUCAUCAAAGGGCGGUAGUUCAAAAAGAGGACCGUUUACACCAACUAAGAGCGAUGGUUCAAGAAGCUAUUUGAGUGGUUAUUCUGAUCAUCCCAACUACAUGUCCUACACAGAGUCCGCAAAGGCUAAGGUACGCUCUAUGAGCGCCCCUAAACAAAGGCCUAGCUACGAGAGAUCAAGCUCAGCAAAAAGGUACUCGAUUCAUGGGUAUAGUGAAUCAAGAAAUAACUCACAGAAGGGUUCUUUUUAUGGCAUCUUCAGUGGUAAAGCUUAUCCAGGUUCUGGUCGAUUGGACCGGCUUGGAAUGCCUGUUAUGAAGGCAGAUCCAUCUCGAUUUAGUGGUGGUCUUCGACACAGAUAUUAAGCAGAUACUGUAGUUGAACUAACCAGAUGUAGCUAAUUAUGAAAUAUCUAAUGUCCUGUGUUUGAACCAUGCUGCUAAUGUGAAGCAUUUUAUGUCUAGUUUUAAUGUCAAUUGGGAAAAAGAAUGCAAUCUCUUGGUUAUAGCUUUUCA